UCAAUCGGUCAGGUCAUCAAUAAUACUCUAAUAAUAAUAGUACUCUCCUCCCCUUCUGCCUUCCCUUCCUCAAAUGUCUCCCCUUAAAAACAGAUCCAGUAGUCAAUCUAUCUAUUCCCUCUCCCAAAUCUCUCUCCUUCUCUCAAGUCUCAACUUCUAAUAACUUCAUUCAUUCUCUCUAAAGCUAGCUAUUCUUCUCUAGAUAUAGCAGUCUGCAAAUAGUACUUAAUCAUCAUCACCAAUCAUGGGUCGUUCUCCAUGUUGUGAAAAAGCUCAUACAAACAAAGGAGCUUGGACCAAAGAAGAAGAUCAACGUCUUAUUAACUAUAUCAAAACUCAUGGUGAAGGCUGCUGGAGAUCUCUACCAAAAUCUGCUGGGUUACUUAGGUGUGGAAAAAGUUGUAGACUUCGUUGGAUAAAUUAUUUAAGGCCUGAUCUUAAGAGAGGGAAUUUCACUGAAGAAGAAGAUGAAAUCAUUAUCAAACUUCAUAGCUUACUCGGUAACAAAUGGUCAUUGAUUGCGGGAAGAUUACCGGGAAGAACAGAUAAUGAGAUAAAAAACUACUGGAAUACUCAUAUUAAAAGGAAGCUUAUAAAUAGAGGGAUUGAUCCUAAUUCUCACAAACCCAUCAAGAACAGCAACGUCAUCACUACUACUACAAAUGUUUCUUCGAAUUAUAGCGUUUACGAUCGCGAUCAUGCGAACAUUAUUACCCCGAUAGUAAAAGCUGACGCAGAAGAAGCAAAUAGUAGUACUAGCACUGGAACUACGACGGAAGAAUUAUUAUUCCAGCGUGAUCAUCAUGUGAGAAACUACAAUGAAAGGAAACAAGAACUAAAUUUUCCAGAUUUGAAUCUUGAUCUUUCUAUAAGUCUUCCAACUCAAGAAUGUGAAUCCAAGAAACAAGAUGAUCAUCAUCAAGAAGAGAAAAAAGGGUUACUCUAUCAAGUUUUUGAUAAAUCAUCAGUAGUGACACCAAUGGCGACACAAACGGUAUGUCUAUGUUAUCAAUUAGGGUUUCAAAGAAGAGAAGCUUGUGGUUGCAAAAACAUGAUCAUGAAUGAUACUACUACUAUGAUGAAUAAUGGAUUCAACUGGUAUAUUAGACCGUUGGAUUCUUAGGUAUGUUGAUUCGAAUAUAAUGAAUUAUGGAAUUAGCUAGAUGUAUCAACUACCUUGUUCGCUCUCAUGUAAUUCGUGUACUCAUUUUGUGAAAAGGAUUAAAAUAUAUUAUUUUUUUAAAAGGAGAGGUAAAUUUGAUUGUUUCAUAGGUGAAAUUGAAACAAAUUUUGUGUCUCUUUUGAGAAUUGUUGAAGUGGGUUCAACAUGUACUUUUCAUGUACCCCAUUUGAUCGUCAUUUCAAUGUCCACAGUUUCAAACUUUCAAUCAAUAUUUCGAAAACGAAAUUUGACA